AUGGCGCCGAGGCGCUACAGUGACCUCCCCAACUUUGAACUGACGGCAGAGCAAGCCUCUUCCGGCUCGCCUGGCUCAGGACUCCCGUCUCCGGCCUUCACCAAGUUCAAGCUCAACGGCUCGCCUCGUAACCGCGCCGUCAACCUUCCGCUUUCUCCGGCGCCGACCUCUCCCAGGCCCUGGCUCCAGUCUCCGUGCACUUCAGCAGGCCCGUCUCGAGCCCAUUCGCGCCAGUCUUCCCGAGCCGGCACUCCGUGUCUCUCACGAAGACCGUCCAUCCUCCAGGAAGAGGAUCCAGACAGUGACGAGUACCCACCAGGCUCAUCACCGCCCCCACCGUACCGCCCCUCGUCGCCCCCGGCCCCGGCCUCUCCGCUCCUCUCUCCGACUCCGCACCACGCACAGCCGUGUCUUGUGCGCAUCGCUGAACGACGCAUCGUUUUAGCAAAUUCAAACGUCACCGUCCCAAUGUCGUCCGCAGGUGGAAUGAAGCGCAAGGUGGUGAUCCUUGGAUCUCCCAGUGUUGGUAAGACGUCGAUCACCCAGCAAUACGUCACGCCCCCGACGUACAACGAGCAAUACUACCCGACGAUUGAGUCCACAAAUCAGAAGACGGUCAAGUACAAGGGCAUCGAGUACGACUGCGAGAUUGUCGACACUGCCGGACAGGACGAGUUCUCGCUUUUCCCGCCCAAGUACGCGACCGGCGUUCACGGCUACAUGCUCGUGUACAGCAUUGCGUCCCGACAGUCGUUCGAUAUGAUCACGACGUUGUACGAGAAGAUCCUCGACCAGGGAGGCCUCGAGAAGGUCCCGUGUGUCAUUGUUGGACAGAAGUGUGACCUGAAGGACGAGCGAAGGGUCACCGCGGCCGAGGGCCAGGCGCUUGCGAAGAAGCUCGGCGCUGCGUUCGUCGAGUCCUCCGCCAAGGACAACAAGAACGUCGAGGGCGCCUUUGACGCCCUCCUCGCUGAGAUGCAGCGCGAGUACAAUCCGGCUCCCCCGGCGCCGGCCAAGUCCAAGUGGUGGCCGUGGUAG